AUGUCCAGGACUGUGGAUUCGAGUGACUUUUAUUAUAACUGCCUCACUUCUACUCUGAGGAAUCUGGCCAGCAAGAAAGCAGCCGCCAAGAGCAAGGCCGCCGCCAAGCGCUCACAGAGGGGCUCCUCCAACGUCUUCUCCAUGUUCGAGCAGUCCCAGAUACAGGAGUUCAAGGAGGCUUUCAGCUGUAUUGAUCAGGACCGAGAUGGUAUCAUUAAACUGCAGGACCUGAAGGAAACCUAUGCACAGCUAGGGAAGCUGAACGUGAAGGAUGAGGAGCUGGAGGAAAUGCUGUCUGAGGGCAAGGGUCCGAUCAACUUCACCGUCUUCCUCACUCUGUUUGGAGAGAAACUCAAUGGCACCGAUCCAGAAGACACCAUUGUUGCUGCCUUCAAACUCUUUGACCCAAACGGCACAGGUUUUGUCAACAAGGAUGAGUUUAAAAGGCUGCUGAUGAACCAGGCCGACAAAUUCACGGCUGAGGAGGUGGACCAGGCCUACUCGGUGGCCCCGAUUGACGUCAGCGGUAACAUUGACUACAAGUCCCUGUGUUACAUCAUCACACACGGAGAUGAGAAGGAGGAGUCCUGA